AACGAUGGGAAAGGUGAGUCAAGAGAGAACUUCCCAUGUUUGCGGAGUGUUUCCUCUGUGUCGGGGAUGCGCCUUCCAGUUGGCCAUGUUCACCCGUUUUGCCUUUACAGAUCACCUUCUACGAGGACAGGGGCUUCCAGGGACGCUGCUAUGAGUGCAGUACCGACUGUCCCAACCUGCAGACCUACUUCAGCCGCUGCAACUCCAUCAGAGUGGACAGUGGCUGCUGGAUGCUGUAUGAGCGCCCCAACUACCAGGGAUACCAGUACUUCCUGCGGCGUGGGGACUACCCUGACUACCAGCAGUGGAUGGGCUUCAGCGACUCCAUCCGCUCCUGCCGCUCCAUUCCUUAUACCAGCUCUCACAGAAUAAGGCUGUAUGAGAGAGAUGAUUACCGGGGUCUUCUGUCUGAGCUUACAGAAGACUGCUCCUGCAUCCAUGAUCGCUUCCGCCUCAAUGAGAUCUACUCUAUGCACGUGCUGGAGGGCUGCUGGGUCCUCUAUGAGAUGCCCAACUACCGAGGCCGGCAGUACCUGCUCAGGCCUGGAGACUACAGGCGCUACCAUGACUGGGGUGCCAUGGAUGCCAAAGUUGGUUCUCUGAGAAGGGUCAUGGAUUUAUACUAAGUCUCAUUUUACUUGUUAUAAUCCACACAAAUGCAAUAAAUA